AUGGCGGAGCCGUCGGCCGCCCUGCCGGUCCCAACUGACGCAGAGAGGGAGGACACCCUGGACCGGAUUCUCAUGCGGCUGGCCUUCGCCAACGACGCCUGCCUUGUGCCACUUCUCGUCUGCGUGCUCCCUUAUUCCUCCACCUCCAUGAUCAUUGGCAAGCUCGCUGUGGAGAUACUCAACCACAUCAACGAACGCCGCGGCCCAUGUCCUAGCCGCCGCACGCGCGCGUGUCAGCGAGCAGCGCAGCCCGGCAAGUCAAGCGGGCUGAAGCCCAGCAGCGGCAGCGCCCCACUCUUUUCCUUUUCUUUCUUCGGGGGCGCCGACAGCCCUGGCCCACCCAUCGCCUUCCUCCCCAAGUCGGUCUCCAGCUCCCACACGUCAACGCCACCACGGCUUGGAUCGGACCACGCGAGAUUGGCGCUUUCCCCUAACCCCCUCUCCGAUCUGUGGCCGCGGGGAGACUCGUCUCGAUUCCCUUGUCUGAUUCCCAACAUCGCCGCUCCAGAUCCGCGCCGAUUUCUUGCUCGCCGAUCUUGCCAGAGUCUGCCGCCUGAAACUUCUGUAGCCCGUCGAGUUCGUCGCCAACCGAGGGGCACACCGGAGCAACCAGCCGCUGCCGAGCCGAAGCUCCUGGGCAGCCGUCGUGCACGUCUUCAUCGCCGUCGCACAGGACACCCCCGUCGUCGUUUCGGUCACCGCUACCUCCGCCGCUCAAAGCCGCAUCCGCCCGCCCCUUCACCCUCGCCGGAGGAUCGCCGGAGAGUCGCCGUCACCGAUCCCCGACCCGCCGCCGCUUCCCCUGCUUCUGAGAUUGCUCGGAGCAUGACGAGUAGAAUUAUCAGGAAUUGUGAGUGCGACAAACUUCAUCAAACAUACAGAUUUUAUAUGACGAGUGAGUGAUACGAUGUAGGGUUACGAUGCCUAUACUCGACAUUUCCAUAUGGUAUUGAUGGACUUCAUGGAGAUUUUAUUUGCUUUUCUGUUGCAUUUUGUUUGUAUGCUAGCUUGAGCUAUGCAGGUAUGUGUAUUAUUUAAGUACUGGAUCUACGAUGUAAUACUAUGACAUGUGGUUUAUUUUUAUAUUACAUCUUGUAUUGUGUGUGCUAGCUAUUGAUCUAGGGACUAGCACAAUGAGCACAGAGACAUCGAAUCUUAUCAGGUUCGGGUCGUCACAUGUCGUUGUUUGGUGCUUGAUCGGUCGGAGCGAGAAGAAGUCCGACACAUCAACCGCGUUGUCAAACGGUUUCGCUUUCGGUCUACGAGGGUACGUAGACACACUCCCCCUCUCUCAUU